AUGUCUAACACGUCGAUGGCGUCAUAUGAAGAGGACGGUAUUAGCACUGCAUCCACUACAGAUAGCGGUGCGCUCCUCAAUGUCACAUCUUCAAACACAGAGUCAACGGAAACUGAUAUAGCGAUCUUGCUUAUCUUCAAAGACCCGAGCACUGUGUAUUGGGUGUUCAAUGUCAUUGUCACGGCAAUAGGUCUGAUCGGGAACUGCAUGGUUUUCGCUUUAAUGAGAGAGGUCAAAUUUUCCCUGUUAUCUUAUCCUGUGUAUUUGAAAUUUCUGGCCGUGUCAGAUAGUGCAGUUCUAAUCACAUCCUGCAUACAUGAGUCUUUAAGAUUAUUCAAAUCAUUUUAUCUUAUGUUCACGUCCUUGGCUUUCUGUAAUGUUUGGAGAGUUAUAAGAUUCAUAGUUGGUCUGUUAUCACCAUGGUUGCUCGUUGGACUGACUCUGGAUCGGUUCUUUUGUGUUGUUUUUCCACUGAAACGCGAUCUGUUCUGCACUCCAAGAAAGGCCUCGGUCGUCUGCUUCUGUCUGACGUGUGUAUCUGUGGCGCUGAUGCUUCCUCUUUUGUCUGACGUGAAGGUUGUGAAAGGACCACAGGACGAAACCUGCGUUACAGGUGAUAAGCUCGUGAGUUACUAUGUUUUUCUACGUCUACUUUUCACCUCUCUCCUCCCCUGUCUGUUGAUUCUUGUCUUCACCGUGAUGAUUAUAAUCCGCAUCAAGCGCAGCGCCACUUUCAGAAAGAGAUUCACCUCCACCAGCUCUGGCUCUACAGACCGCGCCCAGGACAAGUCACUUCGACCGCUCAUGCUGAUAUCCCUACUGGCUUUCGUGACACUCCUUCCGUCAACCAUCUCAGAGAGCGUCAUUUUGAUCCUGAUGAUAUUUAAGUUACAUUUCAAAACAUUGUUCUUCUUAAAAGAUUUGUGGAUGCCAUUUAAUAUUUUGUACCUGAUCAACUUCGGACAGAAUUUCUACAUCCUGGUGUCGAGCUCGACUAAUUAUAGGAAGAUUAUGAAGAGGAAGUUAAACUGUGCGAACGUCCCCAAACGAAAUGAGAAUAUUCCAGUGGCAACAAGUUCAGUCAACGUUUCAGACAUCAGUAAAGAUGUCACACAAUCUUGUACAGCACUAUCUUAA